AUGGCCAUAAUCUGGAUCGCGUUUCACUUGCUAAAGAUGAUCUACAACAUCUCUCCAAUUCAUCCGCUGUACCACAUCCCUGGCCCAAAGCUGGCAGCAGUUUCCUACCUCGAAGAGCUCUACCACGAUGUCAUUCUCCAUGGAAGAUAUACGCAUGAAAUCCGCAAGAUGCACAAACGCUACGGCCCAAUUGUCCGAAUCAAUCCCAACGAAGUCCACUGUAAUGACCCAAGCUUUGUUGAUGAGAUCUACGCCGUAGGGGGGCGGAAGCGGGAUAAACCGAUUCACCAAGUGAACAUGACUGUCAUCCGUAACUCUGGGUUUGGAACCGUAGAUCACGACCUUCAUCGCGCAAGACGGUCGUCGGUCGCCAAGUUCUUCUCAAGGGGCAUGAUUGCGCGCUUGGAAGGAGACAUUGCCGCCAUGACGCAGAAAAUGUGCGACAAGAUCCUCGCGCAGGGAGCUGCGCCGUUUGAUGUCGCCGUGGCUUGCAGUAACCUCACGACCGACGUGAUUUCGGGGUACUGUUUCGGCGAGACCUUUGGUCUACUUGAUCGGCCGGGGUGGAAGCCAAACUUUCGUGACCCAACCAUGUCCACGUUGAGAUACAUGUUCAUGUUCAGAUUCUGGCCUUUUCUCAAAGGACCCACCAAGAUUGGCGUAUGGUUCGUCGACAUGUUACCCGAUGAAACCGCUCUAUUGGUGCGAACAAUGCAAAUUGACAUUCCCGCCAAGGUGAAGAAGGCGAUUGACGACUGGAAUGCUGGCAUCGUGUACGAGAAACCGACUAUAGUCGGCGCGAUAAUGGAUUCCGAUCUAAGCGCAGAGGAGAAGAGACCCGAGAGGGUGGCUGAUGAUGCCUUGGCUGUCGUGGGCGCGGGCACGGAAACAACAGCUUGGGCACUGGCAGUCAUCACCUACCAUCUUAAAACGAUGCCUGAAAUGCUAGAGCGGCUGAACAAUGAGCUCCAAGAAGUAGUACACGAUCCGAGGCAACUACCCUCAUGGACAGUGUUGGAGAGACUCCCUUACCUAUCUGCUGUCAUUCAGGAAGGCCUUAGACUUUCACUGGGUGUAUCAGGGCGGACGGCUCGAAUACCAACAGAGGAGUCUCUCAGUUAUCGUGGUAAAUGGCAAGGGAAGGAGGUUCAUCAUGUACUGCCCAAAGGAUACGCCAUUGGCAUGACGUCGGCCAUCACCCACUACGACGAGGCCGUCUUCGAGGACCCCAUGAAGUUCGAUCCGGAACGUUGGCUCCGCCCGGAGCGGAGAAAGGUACUUGACUCUGGUAUGCUCAUGUUUUCCAAAGGCAGCAGAGCUUGUUUGGGAAUGAACCUUGCCUUGUGUGAGCUACAUCUUGCAUUGGUUGCAUUGACGCUUAGAGUCUUCCCGCAUAUACGCUUGUAUCAAACAACGGAAGAAGACCUUCGUUACGAUUACGACAUGUUGAUACCUAUGCCCAAGGUGGGAACAAAUGGCGUUCGGGCGAUACUUGCCACCGAGUGA